GGAUGACGUCAGUGCCGGAGCGCAAGAUGGCCGCGUUCGGUCGGUAAAGCGCUCGAGCGACACCGGAACCGAGUCCGUGAUUCCGAGAGGCGAGCAACGCGACGGAGACACGCGAGGAUGGACGCCGCCGAGUUCAUGGAGACUAUGGACCCGAGCCUGUCCGAGCUGGGCGACGAGUUCACGCUGGGGGACAUCGACGAGAUGCUGCAGUUCGUCAGUAAUCAGGUGGAUUUCCCAGAUCUCUUUGAGGAUCAGAUGGGGGGUGGUGCCGUGGCUCCCGUGAAGCCCCUCCCACAGAUGGCCCCCAGCGCCAUACUGACACCCCCACACACACCCGUACAGACCAGCAGCCAGAUGCAGAUACAGAUGAAAACACAGACACGCACACCGCCGCUGCUGCAGCCACGACCGCAGCCCAUCACACAGGUGCAGACGCAGACGUUCCCCGUGCAGACGCUGGCGCAUCCACAGACGGUGAUGAUCGCGCCGACUGCCACGCCGACACACAGAUUCAUCCAGAACCAGGUGAUCUGCCAGCAGAAUUCCGGCGCCGGCUUCCAGGUCCUCCAGCCGCAGAUGCAGAGCAUCAUGACGUCUCCGCAGGUACAGCAGAUGACCAUCCAGCACCAGCGGCUGCUGACUCCGUCCGGUCAGACCUUCCAGACGCUGUCCACCGCGCCGGUCCACACCGUAUCGCAGCAGGUGCCUGUGCUGCUGCACCAGCCGCAGAUCCUGAAGACGGACUCUCUGUCAGAAUAUCGUUCUGUUGAUGGUUCUGAAUGUCGUGGCUCUCUUUCACAGACGCUGAUGGGCAGCAACAUUCUGACCACCGUUCCCAUGGUGAUGGGAGGCGGAGACAAGCUCCCAAUCAAGCAGCUCUCCUCGGGCACCGCCCACACGGGGGGCGUAGAGCAGGGCGUGGCCGUUACCGCGGGAACGGGAGGAGUCGUGAAGGAGGGCGAGAGACGGACGACACACAACGUCAUCGAGAAACGCUACCGAUCGUCCAUCAAUGACAAAAUCCUGGAGCUGCGCAACCUCGUGAUGGGCGGUGACGCCAAGAUGCACAAGUCUGGCGUUCUGCGUAAAGCCAUCGACUACAUCAAAUACCUGCAGCAGGUGAACCAUAAGCUCCGGCAGGAGAACCUGACGCUCAAGAUGGCCAAUCACAAGAACAAGAUGGUGUGUCUCUCUGAUGAUGUGGAUCUGAAGCCGGAGAUGGUCUUUAUUUCUCCUCCUCCGUCAGAUUCGGGCUCCAGCUCUCCCCCUCAGCUCUCGCCCUUCUGCAUCGACUCGGAGCCGGGCAGCCCGCUGCUUGAGCAUGAGACGGUGAAGAGCGAGCCGGACUCGCCGUCAUCAGUGGGAGUGCUGGACCGCUCGCGUCUGCUGCUCUGCACGCUCACCUUCUUCUGUCUGUCGCUCAACCCUCUUCCGUCUCUGCUGGGGUCUGAGGAGAGCGCCGGGCUGGCAGCUGCGCACGGAUCCUCGCGCUUGCUCUUCUCUCUGCCCGCGCAGACACAGAGCUUCGGGACGUGGCUGUGGUGCGUGUUGCUGUGGCUCCUGGUGUGGGUCCUGAGCGGAGUGGGCGUGGUCUGGGGGUGUGUCCGUGUGCUGUACCUGUGGGAGCCGGUCACGCCCCUUCACUCGCCCACUUCAGUGCGCUUCUGGAGACACAGGAAACAGGCCGACCUGCAGCUGUACCGGGGCGAUUACGCGGCAGCCGCGGUCAGUCUGCACACCUGUCUGUCCGUCUUGUCCAGAGUGCUGCCCUCCUCCAACCUCGACCUCAUCUGCUCGCUCUCCUGGAACCUGAUUCGCUACUGCCUGCGGAAACCCGCCCCCCUGGGCUGGCUGGUGCGUCUGGUUGGAGGGAGACACGAGGGGGAGGAGUCACAGACCAGCUCACGUGACGCAGCACUGGUGUAUCACCAACUCAACCAGCUGCAGCUCACAGGUAAGCUGGAUCAGCGGCCGCUCUGGGGUGUGUGUGUGUCUCUGAGCGCUGUGAAUCUGAGCGAGAGCGCGGAGGGGAAGAUACUAGUCUCUCAGCGGAUCCAGAUCUUUGUGAGGGCAGCCAUCAGUCUGAGAGCUGCGCUGGGGAAACACCUCACCUGUCUGCCCGGUUACCUGCUGAGCUGUGCUGAGGCUCUGGCCUGUCAAUCAGACUCCAAGCCCCUCCCAGACUGCCUGCGCUGGAUCUUCACGCCGCUGGGCCGCCAGUUCUUCCUGAGCUGUGAUUGGUCAGUGAGGGCGGAGAGCAGCGAGCAGAUCUUCACGUCUCAGAGAGAUGAAGCGGAUCCCAUCGCACAGCUGCACCGCUGCUUCUGUGAGAAGCUCCUGGAGAGAGCAGUGCACACGCUGAUCGAGCCACAGAGCAGCAAACACACAGAGGACGCUGGGGAGUUCACGGGUGUUUUGGAGUUUCUGCAGCUGUUGAACAGCUGUACUGAAGACUCCGCCCCCUCCACCGCUCCCUUCCCUGCGCUGGCCAAUCAGAGCUCAAUGCCAGUCAGGGACCCCGUGUGCCGCUGGUGGGCGUCGGUGCUGAAGGCUGUGGUUCAUUGGCUGCAAGGUGAUGAUGCGUCGGUGAGGUCACUGCUGGCGGAGGCAGAGCGGAUGCCCAGAGCACUGCACAUGCUGGAUCACCCGCUGCCAAAGGCCGUGCUGGCACUUUGUAAGGCUGUGCAGAUGAGUGUGAGUCCGCAGAAGGGCGAAGGAGUUGUCAGCUGCCUCAGUCACUGCCAGCGUGCCAGCGCGCACCUGCACUUCAGUGUGUGUCAGUCGCACAACAACACCUGGCUGCACAAGGGGGUGGAGCUUCUGGUGUGUGACCUCCUCCUGACUCUGAGGACCAGCCUAUGGCAGCGUGGAGGCGGGUCUAAUGGGGAGCCAGGCCCUGCCCCCGGAUCCCAGCUGGCUGGAUUUCAGAGGGACCUGAGCUCUCUGCGGAAACUAGGACAGGCCCAGCACAAGCUGUUCCUACACGAGACGACGGUCCGACUGAUGGCAGGAGCCAGUCCAACACGCACACACCAGCUGCUGCGACACCGAACACACAACUACAGCCCAGACGGUGACUGCGCUCCGGGCGAGCGUGAGAGGGCUCAUGCUAUCCUGCUAGCGUGUCGUCACCUGCCGCUGCCGCUGCUGACGCCGCCAGGUCACAGAGCUCGACUGCUGGCCGAGGCCAAACGCACGCUGGAGCGAGUCGGAGACCGCAGAUCCCUGCAGGACUGCCAGCAGAUACUGCUGCGGCUCGGAGGAGGAACCACCAUCGCUGCCACAUAACACACACACAUAUAUACACACAAACACACACACACACAGAUACUGCUGCGGCUCGGAGGAGGAACCACCAUCGCUGCCACAUAACACACACACACACACACAUAUAUACACACAUAAACACAAACACACACACACACAGAUACUGCUGCGGCUCGGAGGAGGAACCACCAUCGCUGCCACAUAACACACACACACACACAUAUAUACACACACACACAGAUACUGCUGCGGCUCGGAGGAGGAACCACCAUCGCUGCCACAUAACACACACACACACACAUAUAUACACACACACACAGAUACUGCUGCGGCUCGGAGGAGGAACCACCAUCGCUGCCACAUAACACACACACACACACAUAUAUACACACACACACAGAUACUGCUGCGGCUCGGAGGAGGAACCACCAUCGCUGCCACAUAACACACACACACACACAUAUAUACACACACACACAGAUACUGCUGCGGCUCGGAGGAGGAACCACCAUCGCUGCCACAUAACACACACACACACACAUAUAUACACACACACACAGAUACUGCUGCGGCUCGGAGGAGGAACCACCAUCGCUGCCACAUAACACACACACACACACACAUAUAUACACACAUAAACACAUAUACACACACACACAGAUACUGCUGCGGCUCGGAGGAGGAACCACCAUCGCUGCCACAUAACACACACACACACACACACACACACA